AUGCGGUCCGCGCGGUGGCCGAGCGAUUUAGUGGAGACUAUUCGAGCGCGAUCGGAGAUUUUGGAAGUUUUAGGCGGCAAAGACGAGGGGAAGGGCGUGCUCAAGUAUCACGAGCUCGCGAACGCGGGGCACUGGCUGCACGUGGACAACCCGGUCGGGUUGCGGGAUAUCAUCGCCCCGGAGCUCGCGCGAUUGCACGGCGAGCUGAGAGGCGGGUGA